AAAACAUGGCUGCCUUAUCAACAAGACAAGCGAUGCCGCUGUUUAAAUGAAACAAGCUUGUUUCUUGAGACUUUCUGAUAAUGAAGCUGCGAGUCCAGCUGCAGUGUAAAAACCUGCAUGAAUACCUGAGGGAGCUGAGUCCGGAGGUGCUGGACAGACUCUACAACCACCCAGCGACAUGUCUGGCUGUCUUCAGAGAAUUGCCCUCACUGGCCAAGAACUACGUGAUGCGGAUGCUGUUCCUGGAUCAUCCUCUGCCCCAGGCUGGCGUGGCGCUGUGGGUGAGAAAAGACAGCCAGAGGGGCACAGCGUGGGCAGAUGAAGGCAGCAGCCUGGGUCCGGACCGCCACGCGCGGGACAUCGAGAGCCUGGACCGCUACGCCCUGGAGCGCUGGGAGGUGAUCCUGCAGUUCAUGGUGGGCUCCCCCUGCGCCGUCAGCCAGGACCUGGCCCAGCUGUUGGUUCAAGCAGGCCUCAUGAAAAGUGAGGCAGGAGAGGCGCCGUACAUCACCUCGGCUGGGUUCCAGUUCCUCCUCCUGGACACAGCCUCUCAGCUGUGGUACUUCACCCUGCAGUACCUCAAAUCUGCUCAGUCCAGAGGGAUGGACCUGGUGGAGAUCUUGUCCUUCUUGUUCCAGCUCAGUUUCUCUACUCUGGGCAGAGACUACUCAGUGGAGGGCAUGAGUGAGUCACUGCUCACCUUCCUGCAGCACCUUCGAGAGUUCGGACUGGUCUUUCAGAGGAAGAGGAAGUCUCGGCGGUACUACCCCACCAGACUGGCAAUCACUCUGGCUGCUGGAGUCACCAGUACCACCUCCUCCUCCUCCUCUUCUUCCAGCCUUUCUUCCAAUCAGGGAACUGGAGACGCCGGCUUCAUCGUUGUAGAAACCAAUUAUCGUGUCUAUGCCUACACAAAUUCAGAGCUUCAGAUCGCUCUGGUGGCCCUCUUCAGUGAAAUGCUCUAUCGCUUCCCCAACGUAGUGGUGGCUCAGCUGACAAGAGAGUCUGUUCAACAAGCUAUCGCUAACGGGAUCACUGCACAGCAGAUUAUCCACUUUCUAAAGACCAGAGCUCACCCUGUAAUGCUGACACAGACCCCAGUGCUGCCUCCAACCAUAACGGAUCAGAUCAGACUGUGGGAACUGGAGCGAGACCGGCUGCAGUUCUCAGAGGGAGUGCUCUAUAACCAGUUCCUGUCCCAGGUAGACUUUGAGGUGCUGCGAGACAGAGCUCAGGGUUUGGGCUGUCUGGUGUGGCAGGACGUGGCUCACAGAGUGAUGGUGGUGACCCCAGAAGGACACAGUGAGGUGAAGAGGUUCUGGAAACGACAGAGGUCUCACACAUAACAGGACCUGUUGUACGUCAACGACACCGCCUUCUGGACUCUGAACGUUGUAAAAAGCUUCAAAUAACUGUAUUUGUGUUUUAUAAACCCUGACUUCUGUGCAUUUUGGAUUAAACAAAUUGUUCCUGCUCA